GGCUGCUAUAUAAGACUGAUCUGUGACCAGACUCAGCCAAAAGCAGAGGGGCUGGGGAACAGGACUUCUCAAGACUCAGCGGCAGGGACCUCCUAGGGGGAAGCAGUGCCAGCAUGUGGAUGGCCUGGUGUGUGGCUGCGCUGUCUGUGGUGGCUGUGUGUGGCACCAGCCACGAGACAAACACGGUCCUCAGGGUGACGAAAGAUGUGUUGAGCAAUGCCAUUUCAGGCACGCUGCAGCAAAGUGAUGCUCUCCACUCGGCCCUGAGAGAGGUGCCCUUGGGUGUUGGUGAUAUUCCCUACAAUGACUUCCAUGUCCGAGGACCCCGCCCAGUAUAUACCAACGGCAAAAAACUUGGUGGUAAUUACAAGUAUGGUCACAUUGAGACCAGCGACAACACUGCUCAGCUGGGGGGCAAAUACCGAUAUGGUGAGAUCCUUGAGUCCGAAGGAAGCAUCAGGGACCUCCGAAACAGUGGCUAUCGCAGUGCCGAGAAUGCAUAUGGAGGCCACAGGGGCCUCGGGCGAUACAGGGCAGCACCUGUGGGCAGGAUUCACCGGCGAGAGCUGCGGCCUGGAGAAAUCCCAACUGGAGUUGCCACUGGGGCGGUGGGCCCAGGUGGUUUGCUGGGCACUGGAGGCAUGCUGGCAGCCGAUGGCAUCCUUGCAGGCCAAGGUGGCCUGCUCGGCGGAGGCAGUCUCCUUGGUGACGGAGGACUUCUUGGAGGAGGGGGUGUCCUGGGCGUGCUCGGCGAGGGUGGCAUCCUCAGCACCGUGCAAGGCAUCACGGGGCUGCGUAUCGUGGAGCUGACCCUCCCUCGGGUGUCCGUGCGGCUCCUGCCCGGCGUGGGUGUCUACCUGAGCUUGUACACCCGUGUGGCCAUCAACGGGAAGAGUCUUAUUGGCUUCCUGGACAUCGCAGUAGAAGUGAACAUCACAGCCAAGGUCCGGCUGACCAUGGACCGCACGGGUUAUCCUCGGCUGGUCAUUGAGCGAUGUGACACCCUCCUAGGGGGCAUCAAAGUCAAGCUGCUGCGAGGGCUUCUCCCCAAUCUCGUGGACAAUUUAGUGAACCGAGUCCUGGCCGACGUCCUCCCUGACUUGCUCUGCCCCAUCGUGGAUGUGGUGCUGGGUCUUGUCAAUGACCAGCUGGGCCUCGUGGAUUCUCUGAUUCCUCUGGGGAUAUUGGGAAGUGUCCAAUACACCUUCUCCAGCCUCCCGCUUGUGACCGGGGAAUUCCUGGAGCUGGACCUCAACACGCUGGUUGGGGAGGCUGGAGGAGGACUCAUCGACUACCCAUUGGGGUGGCCAGCUGUGUCUCCCAAGCCGAUGCCAGAGCUGCCUCCCAUGGGUGACAACACCAAGUCCCAGCUGGCCAUGUCUGCCAACUUCCUGGGCUCAGUGCUGACUCUGCUGCAGAAGCAGCACGCUCUAGACCUGGAUAUCACCAAUGGCAUGUUUGAAGAGCUUCCUCCACUUACCACAGCCACACUGGGAGCCCUGAUCCCCAAGGUGUUCCAGCAGUACCCCGAGUCCUGCCCACUUAUCAUCAGGAUCCAGGUGCUGAACCCACCAUCUGUGACGCUGCAGAAGGACAAAGCGCUGGUGAAGGUGUUGGCCACUGCCGAGGUCAUGGUCUCCCAGCCCAAAGACCUGGAGACUACCAUCUGCCUCAUUGACGUGGACACAGAACUCUUGGCCUCAUUUUCCAUAGAAGGAGAUAAGCUCAUGAUUGAUGCCAAGCUGGAGAAGACCAGCCUCAACCUCAGAACCUCAAACGUGGGCAACUUUGAUAUUGGCCUCAUGGAGGUGCUGGUGGAGAAGAUUUUUGACCUGGCAUUCAUGCCCGCAAUGAACGCUGUGCUGGGUUCUGGCGUCCCUCUCCCCAAAAUCCUCAACAUCGACUUUAGCAAUGCAGACAUUGACGUGUUGGAGGACCUUUUGGUGCUGAGCGCAUGAGUGACAGAGGCAGAGAUGCUGCUGCAACUGGAAGAAGCUGGAACCAGUCCCAGAGAGGCUCGGCCUGGAAACAGUCCCCUGCCCAGAGUCCCCUCAGCCUCCAUGACAGGUCCCUCCCUGGCCCCCCAACCCUCUUCCUCCCUUGCCCCAACCCUGAGAAAGGAUCCAGCCACUACCCUGUUGGCAAACAUUCCCUUCCAUGGUCAGCCUGCCAGGAGGAGGGGAGUCACCUUGGGGCUGGAGGCCUCUCAGACCCCAUCCUGACAGCAGGUUGAGUAUUCCCACUUUCAAUAAAAGACUCCACUUUCCUGGCA